AUGACGACUAUGGGAGUUACGGUGUUCUGCAACAGGGUUCAAAUAAACGGCAACGAUCAAGAGCAACUGAUGUUGCUGAGAACGCUGCAAGACAACGAAAGUAACAUAAUCGGCAACCAACCUCACCUGAUAGUCCCGAAAAAUAACAAUAAUAAUAAUACGAAUGCAACCGGUUCUGCCGCCGUGUUGCCACCAUACGACCCCUCCAGAUUGAAGAAACACGGGAAAAACGGGCAACCGCCGCCGGUUGCUGUUGCACGAAGGAAUGCACGUGAGAGGAAUCGCGUUAAACAAGUGAACAACGGAUUCGCGACUUUGAGACAGCACAUUCCGAGUCACAUCGCGGCCGGUUACGGCGACAGAGGCAAGAAAUUGUCGAAAGUCGAAACUCUGCGAAUGGCCGUGGAGUACAUCAGGGGACUUCAAAGGUUGCUCGCCGAAGCUGAUGGCGUUGAGUACGAUUCGAACGUUGCCGGUAGCCAGUGUGUGCCUUCGCCCACCAGCAGUGUCGUUUCCUCGAGUCACAACGGUUCUGGCGAGAGACUCGUGUUAGAGGACGAUGUACUCGCCGGCGAAGAGGACGAUGGUGAACAACAGCUAGACGAAGAGGAAGAAAUUGGGAAACAGAAGAUUACAUCCAAACUAUCGCCAAAUCGGACGACAGUCCCAUCGCCCCGCGAUUACUAUGCAUCCUCGAUUGGGGAUGAAGAGAAUCUCGAACCGAGAACUCUAUCGAACACGCAGAAUUUCUCCCGGCUCUCCCCUAAUUCGGUAGCGUCUCCACCCUCGGAAUAUUAUGGACAAAACGAAGAGAACCUCGAGCCCCAAAUUCUAUCGCCAUAUAGUGGCGCCGGGGAUAGCGAAGAGGGUGCAGCCACCGUUUACGCGGCGAGUCCGGAAACCUUUUCCGGAGCUCUGUAUUAUAAGCAGGAGAUCACCGAAUCCGGCGAAUUCAUGGACGUUGUCAGCUGGUGGGAACAGGAACAGGGCAGACUAGUACAUCAGCAACACGCCCAACGUCUCACACACGUGUAGUAGAAAGGUUCGUGUUUCACGUUUUUCUCUCUUUUUUUUUUUUCUAUAAAAUCCUUUUAUUGCUCUUUCUCUCUGUCUUUGUCUCUGUCUCUCUCUUUUCAAAAACUUUGUGAAAUUCACACAAAUAAUUAUAUGAUUAUUUACGAAAUUGAAGAAGAUCGAAACAUAGGUACUUUGUACAUGAGUUUGCGUUGGAACGAUCACAGAUUGUGAAGUGUUUGACAUUUCGAUAUUCAAUUUUGUACUGUAAUCAAUAAUCAAUGUGCAAGUGAAUUUAUACCAGUGUCAUUUCAAUCAACAACUGAUAUCGAUUACAAUGGACAUUUAAAUUGAAAAUAUUCCAAAUAGUUUGAAAUAUAUUUUUUCGUUGAAUUUUAUUUGAAAGAAUGUUUUACAGACAGUUCAAUGUCUAA